CAGUUCGAUUGUUACUUUUGAUCGAUGUCAUUUCUUCAGCAUUCACUCAGAUUCUCCUCAUCUCAUUCAACCAUUCAACCAUUCAAACCUCAUCACAAACCAUUUCAUCAUCAUCACAUUCAUCAAGUAGAACAUCAACAAACCUAUCAAAUUCCAAAAAAUGGAAAACUCAAAAUCAACUUAACAUCUUCAAACUUAAUAGGAACAUCUCAAUCACGUGGAGAAAGACCUUAUCAAGAAGAUCGAAUCUCAAUUUCAAGUAUUAAAAUCAAACUAGAAGAAAUCAAACAAACGAUUAAAACGUUGGGAACCGAAGCUGAGCUUUUGAAAAGAUUAAAACCAAGUACCGUAGAAGAAUUUAAACCGAUUGAACAAACUUUAUGUAUUGGAUUGUUUGAUGGACAUGGAGGAUCAGAUUCAUCUGAAUAUUUGAAAUCUAAUUUAAACCAGAUCAUCGAAAGUUGUGAUCCGAUUGAAAUUCCAAAUGUCAUACGAAACUAUAGAUCAUUAGGAGGAUACUUUAAAAGGUUUAGAGGUGGUUAUUUAGAAGGAUUAGGUGAAAAGAUGUAUUCAAUCCAAACUCCAUCAAAAUCAAAAUCAAAAUCAGAAACCCAAACCGAAACCGAAUCCAAAACAUUAAGAAUCAAUUCACCCGACAUCGAAUUAGGUGAAAGAUUAACUCUAGCAUUCUUAAAAGCAGAUCAACACUUAAUCACCUCGACCCCAAAAUCAGGAUCAGUAGGAACGAUCGUCUUACUAAACCCAUUACCAACCAAUCCAACCAGUCCAAUCUAUCCAUUCUAUUCAUCACCAUUACUCUUAUUAACAAUUGCACAUGUAGGUGAUACAAUAGCUUUACUUUGUGAAUCGAUCACCGGAAAAGUUGUGCCGAUUACCGAAACUCAUCAUCCUGAAUCUAGAGUGGAAUCUGAAAGAUUAAGAAGGAUCGGAACAGGUUUGAUUACUGAUAGUUUUGGGGAAUCUAGAUGGGGUGGCACUUUGGCUAAUACUAGAGGGUUAGGUGAUUCUAGAUUUAAGAAAUUAGGCGUCACGGGUGAACCUGAUAUUGUUAAAAAAUUAUUAAAAGGUGAUCAAUGGUCAUUUAUGGUCAUCGUAUCAGAUGGUGUUUCAGAAGUGAUGUCAAAUCAAGAAAUCAUUGAUUUAUGUCGUACUGAAACCAAUCCGACCAAAGCAGCUGAAUCGAUCAUUGAUUUUGCUGAAAAACUUGGAGGUCGUGAUAAUAUGACAGCUAUUAUUGUUCCAUUUGCUGGAUGGGGUAAAGUGGGAGGAAUCGAUUUAACAGCUAAUAGACGUCAGUUUAGAUUAAAACAAGUUUCCAAUCAAUCUGGUCGUCAGCGUAGGAUGUAAAUUUUAAAUCAAUCCAUCAUUCUCUUUAUAAUUUAUUUAAACUUUAAAUCAUCUUGAUUUCUUUUCAUUGUUGUGAUUAAUUUGGUUUUUCAUGAAGAGGUUUUUUUUGCUUUGACUUGGUAUGUUUAGAAAAGGUUUUGAAUUUUUUGGUUUGCUUUGUGUUUGUUUGUUAGAAAUAGAUUGUACAUAAAUAUAUUUAUUUAAAUUUGUGGAAAGUUUGGGUUCAUUAGUAAGAAUAUUUGUAAAUCGAAUCAUGAUGAGGAUAAUUUCUAAAUAUACUUUGUAUAGAAUGUAUGAAUAGAUUCAAUUUGUAAAAUCUUAACAUCAUCUAAUCAUCUUCAUAAAUCAUUUUUUUUCAAACAAUCUUUUUUUCUUUGCAAACUUUAAAUGAUGUUUUUCUUGAUGAAAUCUAUCAUUAUAAUUUUAACUCCUU